UGUUUAUCUAGUAUAAUCGAUUCCGUACAUAAUCAAGUGAUUUAUUGCAAUUUCUCCAACGACCAUUGCCGGCGCUCACUUUCAGCUCAUCAGCCAAAACUGACAACGCGCCGCUGCCAAACGAAAUUCAGCUCUCAACUCAACUCAACUGUUUGUGUGUUUGUGUGUAUCUCAGGCAACGGAAACGCAAAUGCAAAUGCAAAUCCCGAAAGCCCAACGACGAAUGAAUUGACAAUGACAAAGAGUAUUAAACGUCUCCGACUCCGUCUCCGCACUUCUAGUAGUUUUAGUGGUAUACUCCUUAGCCAUGUGAUAUUAGCUUGUAUUUCCGCAGCAUUCAGCACGCCGCCAUCAUGCGGCUUAUAUGGUGCGCCGCCAUGCCAGUAUCUGCCAGCGCCGCCGGGACAGACGCCCAACUGUGCCAGGCCCGGCAAAACCUACUGCGAGCAUGUCGCUAACUAUCCCACAUAUCUCAUCAAGAGUCUCGUACGUAAAUGGGGCUACGAGGCGGCCUCUUUGCUGGUCGACGAGACCUGGGAUGAAUUCUCAGCCGUUGCGUGGUCCGACACGCCCGUAUUCUAUGAUCCAAAGUCUAUAUUUCCGCAGCGUGACUUUGCCAAUGGGCAAGACUUCAAUGGUUACAGCUAUCAGACGCCGUUUGGCAACGUGCCACAGCGUGGGGCGGGCAACUCUCUCUUUGCCCCCAACCCCACAACGGAUGCGCCAACCUACCUGUUGUACACCUCGGCGGCAGCGGGCGCUGGCCAGCGUGCGGGCAACCAGCAGACUGGAGGACACUCUGCAUCGGGCAUGACGCAUCUGUUCCUCAACAACCUGGCCAGAACGCCCUACAAUGCCACGCUCUGGCUGAAGCGACUGGUGCGCGAUCUGAGUAUCAAGCAGAAGGCCACACAGGCGGCAGCGGAGCAGGCAGAGCAACAGCAGCCAGUAGAAGAGCAGGCUGUGGAAGCAGAGCAGGCAGCUGGCCAGGAGGAGAGUGUAAAGGGGAAGGAGCAUGAGCAGCAGAAGCGCAGCACGCGCGAUGUAUCGCUCAAUAUGGAUCUCUUAGAUAUUGUGGGCAUCAGCGACAACAAUAAGAAAAAAUCUCGCACCAAGCGACAAAAUCCGUCGCGCUCAACGCUCUGCGAGACAACAUCGCAGUUCAUAACGCCACAAGCGGCUCUCAAUUCCCGCGGCAAUUGGAUGUUCGUGGUCAACGAGGAGAACACCGCUCGUCAGAUGGUCAAGGCGGAGCUCUGUGCCUCAAACACAUGCUCAAACCUGUGCGAUCUGCCCAAUGGUUACAACUCCAGGUGCGAGCAGAAGUUCGUACAAAAACGUUUAAUUGCGCUGCAGGGCAACGGCCAAAAUCUCUACACGGACACGUUCUGGUUUCCCAGUUGCUGCGUCUGCACGAUAGCCGCAAAUUAAGCAGCGCCAGCGACAGAUGAGCAGCUGAGCAGUGGAUGCAUUAGGACCGGAUCCGGCCCAAUCGAAGAGAGGGAGAGAGAGAGAGAGAGAUGGGCGACAUUGACAGUGACAGAGCGCGAAUCCCGAUCCACGACCGAGUAGCCAAGCCAUUUGGACUCUGAGCCAGCUCUGGCUUUCAACAUUGUAAUUAUCGAGUGUUGGAAAUGAUUUUUACAGCAAAUAAUUGAUAACUAAAUUUAAAGUGCACACAUAUACACGCACACACACACACUUUCAUACGAAACCCACA